AUGAGCGUGCCCGGGAAGCCGGGGGAGAUGAAGCCGGUCGGAGAAGAGGAGCGGCCGCCAGCGGCGGCCGAGGAAGAGGACGACGACGAGUUGGUGGCAGCGGCCCCGGCCUCACGGCCGGCCCGAAGGAGUGCCUCCUCUAGGGAGGACGCGGACGACGACGAAGAGGAGGAGGAGAUGGUGGUCGGGGGCGGUGGCUGCAAGGAGCAGGAGCUGACCUACGAGCUGCAGCAGGGCUACCGCAUCCUGGGCGAGUUCCUGCAGGAGAAGCACCGAGGCCUCACCGCCCCAUUCCUCCAGCCCUUGGGGGGCGUUGCCACGAGGGAAGAAGAGGCGGCCGAGGGGCCGCGCGGCGGAGGCCGGGGCAGUCGCGCCCUCCCGCAGCAGCCGGGUCAGGGCAUGUGUCUGCUGAAGAUGGAGGAGAAGUUCGCCAGCGGCCAGUACGGGGGCAUCACCGAGUUCGUGGCGGACUUCAGGUUGAUGCUGGAGACGUGCUACCGCCAGCAUGGAGUAGACCACUGGAUCUCCAAACAGGGCCAGAAGCUGGAGAUGAUGCUGGAGCAGAAGUUGGCGCUUCUUUCUCGGCACUUGAGAGAAAAGACAACGAUAGCAGUUACAUCUAGAGGCUAUUAUGGAUUGGAGGAUGAGAAGGGAACUGCAUGUACUUCAACAAGGCGUCGGUCAACACCACGAAGUUUGGCAGGCUUGACAUGUGGAGUUUUUGAAUCUAUAAUGGUUCAAGUUUUGAGACAGGAAGAACAGCUGAGAGCAAAAGAAGAAAAAAGGCUUCGGGAGCAGGAAAGAAAAGAAGCAGAAGAAGCUAGUCAAAAGGAAAUAGAAGAAUGGGAAAGAAAACUUCUAGCUCAAGCAGCUCCAACUUGUAUGGAGACCAUGUGGGAAAUUCCAGCUAUUGGGCAUUUCCUUUGUUUAGCCCAGCAAAUUUUAAAUUUGCCAGAAAUAGUCUUUUACGAAUUGGAACGUUGUCUUCUGAUGCCUCAAUGUAAUGCUUUUCUAUCUAAAAUAAUGACUUCUCUAUUAAGUCCUCCCCAUCGCAGACCUACCUUACAUCGAAGACCUACUUUGCCUUAUAGGACCUGGGAAGCAGCACUGAGACAGAAAGUGCAGCAGUGGUACACAGCUGUAGGGCAGACAGAAAAUCCUGACAACUGUGCUGAAAAACUUGGGUUGUGUCCUCAGUUUUUUAAAGUUCUUGGAGAAGUUAAUCCAUUGGAAGAAAAACCUUUUCAUGAGCUACCUUUCUACCAAAAAGUGUGGAUACUUAAGGGUCUUUGUGACUUUGUGUAUGAAACACAAAAGGAAGUUCAAGAUGCUGUACUUGGGCAACCUAUUCAUGAAUGCAGGGAAGUCAUUCUUGGUUAUGAUUAUUUGGAGAAUGCUUAUGUACAUUUUCCACAGUUCUGUGGUGCAGAUGUACGGAUUUACAAACAAAGACCUUUUCAGGCCCCAGAAUUUCCAAUUCCACCCAUUAAAAUACAAAGAGUACCUCGGAUUAAACUGGAGAAAUUGAAGUGUGACUAUGUGAGUGCAAGUAAUGGAGAGCAUAGGUGUAGCAGAGAAGGCCUGCCCUCUGCCUUCAGAAAAGAGCAGGAGAUUAGUUUUGAUCCAAUCUGCUGCCCUGCUAAAACGAACUUAGAUAAUCAUGACAUCUCUGUUGAAACGGAAGUGAAGUCUAACUGUGAAAUUAGAAUUCGCAGGCCCUGUGAAAUGAAUAUAACUGAUUGUUGUAAAGAAAACUUAGAGAAACCAGGAAGUCCAGGGGAGGUUACUAGCUUUGGAGAGCCUCUCAGUCCAGGUGAAAUAAGGUUUAUAGAAAAUCAGGAAAAAUAUGGUGAAGCUUCCAGAGUAAAGCUUGAACCCAGUCCGUUAAAAGAAAAUGCUCUGAAAUCUUGCCAGAUACAUGUAAAUGGAAGCCACAGUGAUCAUCCAGACAUUAACUGCCACAAAGUUGUAAGGGAUAUUCUAUUAGAACAGUCACUGCAGAGCCACAAGAAACUUAAACUAACUAAAAUGAGGGCAAAAAAGAAGAAAAAGAAAAAAAAGAAAUUGAAAGAUAUUUUGAAUGAAAACUUACAGAGAAAGCGCGAAAGUCUUCAUUCCCUUGCAUUCAAGUCUUACAAACCUGAGAUCCAAAAUAAGUUACUGAUCAUCAAAAAGAAAGCAAAACACAAGAAGCACAAAUCUGGAAAAAAAUCCAUAUCUAAAAAAGCAAUCACAAAGAAGAGGAAAACUGUCACAAAGUCACCUUCUGUACCAGAAUUUCAGCUUAUUUGCACUAAUCUUGAUGAACUCAGGGAAUUAAUCACAAAAAUCGAGAAUGAACUCAAAGAUCUGGAAAACAAUAGAAAAAAAUCGGGCAAAUGGUAUCAUCGGAGGCAAGCUGUAAAAGAAUUGCAUAGUACAUUGAUACGUCUUUUAAACGAAUUGCUGCCAUGGGAACCAAAGUUAAUGAAAGCUUUUCAAAGAAACAGGAGUCGCCUAAAGAAAGACUAUGAUGAUUUUAGAAGACAGCCUGAUCAUGAUAAAUUUGCUAGAGAACUGUGGACUAGUGAAGAAGGUGAAGGAGAUCCUGGAAGAGAAACCUCUAAAGUAGAAGUCAGUAGCAAGUCUACAGACACCACAGAACCUCUAGAUAUCCUGGAGAAGGAUCAUUUUGAUUCAGAUGAUAUGAAAUUGUCAGAAAUAGAUUUUCCUAUGGCCAGAAGUAAGUUGUUGAAAAAGGAAUUGCCUUCUAAAGAUGUACUGAAGACACUGCCUAAAACACUUAAACGACAGUCCAAGCAAAUUAGUUACCUGGAUGAUAGCACAAAAGAGCUUUCCCCAAGGAAGAAAGCAAAGUUAAGCACAAAUGAGACAGUGGUUGAGAAUGCAGAAGGUGAUGUGCAGAUGGACUGUUUGAAUGAAUCAAAGCAUACAGAGCCACUGUGUCCAGAGUCAUUUGCCUCAUUGGAUUCAACACCAGUGUCUACUCUCCAGAAAGGGACCAAACCUAUUCAGGCCUUGCUUGCAAAGAAUAUUGGGAACAAAGUGACCUUAACAAAUCAACUGCCCCCUUCCACAGGUAGAAGUGCCCCUGCUGUGGAAAAGCCAGUGAUAUCUCCUCCAGAAGCAAGCCCCAUAAAGCCAGCAUUGACCUGCCACACCAGUACAAAAGGUCCUUUACAGAUGGUAUACAAAAUGCCCUGUGGUCAGUGGUUGCCCAUAGAUCUUCAUAACAGCUCUGUAAAGAUUCAGAUGCAACCUAUGCUAGAUCCUAAAUCAGGAGAAAAAAUUAUGCAACAGGUUCUCAUUCUGCCUAAGAAUUUUGUGAUUCAGCACAAGGAAGGGAAAGCAGUUGCAAAAGAAAUACCACCACUUCAACAAAAAGGUAUAGAACAACAUGGUUCACCUUUCCCACAGACAGCAAAUGUAAACUCUUCUUUACCAUCAGUUCUUGUCAACCCAACAGGAACUGUUUCUACACAACUACCUAAUACAGCUUUCAACAAGAUAGUUAUCCCUUCAUCAAAUGUGAGUAGUGCUAGACCACAGUCUUUGACACCUGUAACCUCCAUAAGUAAUUUGUUAGCACCACCAGUUAAGACUAGCCAGAGUGAGGCAGGAAAAGUCAAGAACACAGUUUCAGCUGCUGCAUUCCCGCAGCCCAUUGCUUCACCCACCAUUUCCUCAACAGUUCAGCCUCAGUUAUCAGCAACAACACUAAAUGGAUCUACAAAUUCCGGUAGUUCCCUCAACUGUUUUGCACAACAAACUGCUGAUUCUUCUGAAGCAAAGCAAGAACUGAAAACUGUGUGUAUAAGAGAUUCACAGUCGAUUCUUGUUAGGACACGAGGUGGAAACACUGGAGUUGUAAAAGUACAGACCAAUCCAGAUCAGAAUUCACCCAACAGUUUAUCUUCAAGUUCAGUUUUUACUAUUGCUCCUCAGCUUCAGGCAUUUCUGGUACCAAAAUCAACAACUUCAUCAUCAUCUGCUUUUUCGUCAGUGGCUGGAACAACUGCUACAUCUAGUCUCCCAUCUUUUGGCCAAGCACCUACUUCUGUUUCCAUUCCAGCUGGCUUUAAUCCAUCCACAGGGAAAAAUCUUAAAUUUACAUUCAGCCAACCUUCCUGCAGUGGUAAUUUGGGCCAUAUGAUAGAUAAAACUUCACCCAUGCCCUCCUCUCCCUUAAAGUCCUCUGUUUCUUCUAGCCCUCUAUUGUCAUCAACAGCAAAUAGUUCGGUAAGUGUAAUUAACGUAUCAACAGGAAAUUUUGGACAAACCAGUUCAAAUGUUGUUCGUACACCAGCUAAACAUCAACAAGUAGAUUAUGUCACAAAAAGUUACCCUGUUACAAGAUCAGAAGCAACAGCAGCAGCAAAUGGAGAUACUAUCAGUGGGACUCCAGUGCAGAAACUUAUGCUGGUGUCAGCUCCAUCUGUUCUUUCUUCUGGCAGUGGAACUUCGAUUAAUGUGGCACCAGCACCAACAUCUCCAGGUGUUUCUGCCCAGAAAUUAGUUUUUAUAAAUGCUGCAAUUCCCAGUGGCACUUCAACCCCAGCUAUUGUAGCAGAACCAUUAAAACAAGCUCUUCCUUCUCCAUUGAGUAAAACAUAUGUUAAGUCUCCAGAACAGCCCCAGAUAGUACUAAUUCCAUCUACAGUGGGAACACCAAUAAAAAUAAAUUCAUCGCCAACUGUGUCUCAGAUAAAAGAUGUGAAAAUUGGGCUAAACAUAGGCCAAGCAAUUGUUAAUACUUCAGGCAGUGUGCCAGCUCUACCGUCAAUUAACAUACUGCAAAAUGUAACCUCAAAAGGAGAAGAAAAAAGUAGCAAGGGCUAUGUUUUACCAUUGUCAACAAGUGGCAGUUCAGUUCCAGUAAGCUCAAAUUUUAUGAGUCAAAAUAUUACUCCUGUUAAUGAAUCAGUGGUUUCUGCUUCAAGAACAGUAAACAUGUUUUCAGGAACAGGAGCAAAUGUAUCUUUGGGUUCUGUUUCAGUGACCUCAACCUCUGCCUCAGUUGGGACACGACCUCCUGUUUUAGUCAGUGGAAAUGAUACCUCUUCAAGAAUUAUGCCUAGUUUGUCAAACAGACUUUGCACGUCAAAUCUCGGAAACACUGUGGCUAUAUCAACUGUGAAAACAGGACAUCUUGCAUCAUCUGUUCUGAUUUCAACUACACAACCAACAGUGUCUCCGAAAUGUCUAACAUCAGCUUUGCAAAUCCCUGUUACUGUUGCCUUGCCUACACCUGUGACUGUGUCCCCUAAAAUAAUCAACACAGUUGCACAAGCAGCAACAGUACCAGGAACCACACGUUCUGUAUCUCUUUCUAAAAGACAAUCUCGGACUUCGGUCCAGAUUCAGUCACCAGGGGUUUCAACUACAGUGCCAACAAAUAUAAACACAAAUAAACCUCAAACUGAAUUGCCAUCCCUUUCACCAAAUCCAGGUAAAAUAAUUAACAUUUCCAAUUUUGCUUCUCUCCCAAACCAGCAAAUGUCCCCUGCUUUCUUAAAACCAACCCCUAGUUACAGUCCUACUCCAGGUGUCACUGCCAUUCACACUGCUACAGCACCAUCAAAUGUAACUAGUGUAAUAGGGAGUCAGCUCAGUGAACCUUGUAUCCAGCAAAAAAUUGUCAUCAAUACCAGUACACCUUUGGCACCUGGUACUCAGAUCAUGAUUAAUGGAGCCCGGUUUAUUGUUCCACCACAAGGUCUUGGAGCUGGCAGCCAUGUUCUUCUUAUAUCUGCUAAUCCAAAAUAUGGACCUCCCUUAGUUCUUAAUAGUGGCCAAGGCGCUCAGCCUACACCAGUAGAUAACCUGGCCCAGAAGAUCACACUGGCAUCAAAUAAUUCUUUAAGUGGGCAAUCUGUAAAACAUUGUCUAAAAAGCUCUACAAAAAUUGUAAACUCUCUUGGGAAUGCAAGUUCUCUAUCCACAGUACCUGCAGCACCGCAAAUCAUAAACCCAACUGCUAAAGUUUCUGUUCCACCUCCUGUACCAACAGUGUCACUGACUUCAGUAAUUAAGUCUCCUCCAGCAACUCUUUUGGCUAAGACAUCUUUGGUUUCUGCCAUUUGUUCUAGUAAUCCUCCACUGCCAAGUAACACUUCAGUAUUUCAUUUGGACACAUCAGUCAAAAAACUAUUGGUCAGCCCAGAAGGAGCCAUUUUGAAUACCAUAAAUACUCCAGCAUCUAAGGUUCCUUCAGUCUCUCCAUCACUCUCUCAGAUUGUAUCUGCCAGUCGAAAUCCUGCCUCUGUCUUCCCUGCUUUUCAGUCAUCUGGCUUAGAGAAGCCUGACACAGCUGCAUCUUGAAUUUAGACUAAACGAGCCAGUUUUUAAAUAAUGGGGCAUUGUUUUGACUCCCAUAAAAAUUUUAACUUUAUUAUACUGUUGAAAACAUACUAUACAUAGUUUGUGUGUGUGUUAAUGUAUCUUUUCAUUAGCUUGCAACAAGGCUUUGAUUUUCUUGGGGAGGAAAAAAUCUGUUCCAUUUUGCUCAUUGGUAUGAGUAUGUUUUCAAAGGUUAUUUGUUUAAAAUAGACAGGAUUUACCUGUCUGUAUGACAUUGAACAGUCAAGUUUGACUAGUUUGGAAUAAGCUAGGGUUUUGCACACUUGCAUCGACAUGUUUCUUCUUGAAUUUGGACUGUUGCAGCGUGUAUCGCUGAUACAAUAUUUUGUGUCUUUAGUGGAAUAAUAUUUUUGUUUCUGUAAAAAAAUAGAUAUAUAUAUAUUUAUGCAUUGUGAAAAUGCAGUCCAUUGUGUAAAAUUGUACAUAUCCCUAAAUCCUUAACAACCUGUACUAAACUAUAUGUACA